GACGGGUAGUAACAAAAGAAGAAACAGGAGCUUCGGACCGAGCGGGCGUGUGGCGGGAGGGGCAGGCCGGCGUCCGAGAGCACCUCUGGUUGGGCCGCGGGCGGUGCGGAGCCGCAGCCGAGAACCUUCAGCAGAAGCUCUUCAAUGUCUUGCAUGUUACAGACUUUGCUGCUCCCAUCAGCUUGGAGAUAGCAUGUGGCUUCUGUCGGCUCUGCUGCUUUGGGUUCCAGCUGGUGCACAAGUGGGAGACCUUACAAAGGCAGUGAUCACCUUGCAGCCUCCAUGGGUCAUUGUAUUUCAAGAGGAGGAUGUAACCUUAUCGUGCGAGGGGCCCCAUCUGCCCGGGCACAGCUCCACACAGUGGUAUCUCAAUGGCACAGCCUUUCAGACCUUGACCCCCACAUACAGAAUCGUCGCUGCCAGUGUCAAUGACAGUGGUGAAUACAGGUGCCAGAUGGGUCUUUCGGUGCUGAGUGACCCAGUACAGCUGGAAAUCCACGUAGAUUGGGUGCUACUCCAGGUCCAAAGCAGAGUCGUCACGGAAGGGGAACCUCUGACAAUGAGGUGUCGUGGAUGGAAGAAUAAGCUGGUGUACAAUGUGGUUUUCUACCAAAACGACAAGGCCUUUAAGUUUUCUCCUCAGAAUUCUGAGUUCACCAUUCUGAAAACCAACCUGAGUCACAGUGGCGUCUAUCACUGCUCAGUCAUGGGGAGGCAACUCUACGUAUCACCAGGAGUCCCCAUCACUGUACAAGAGCUAUUUCCGGCCCCAGUGCUAAAAGCAUCCUUGUCAUUACCCAUCCUGGAGGGGCAGCUGGUCAACCUGAGCUGCGAGACGAAGCUGCUGCUACAGAGGCCUGGGUUGCAGCUUUACUUCUCCUUCUACGUGGGCGACACGGCCCUGAUGCACAGGAAUGCCUCCUCCGGGUUCCAGAUACUAAGUGCUAGGACAGAGGACUCGGGGCUCUACUGGUGUGAGGCUGCCACAGGAGAUGGCGCUGUCGUCAGGCGCAGCUCUGAGGUGGAGCUUCAGGUCCUCGGCCCCCAGGCACCAACUCCUAUUUGGUUUCACAUCCUUUUCUAUCUGGCAGUGGGAAUGAUAUUUUUGGUGGACACCAUCUUCUGUAUGAUUAUAUACAAGGAACUGCAAAAACAGAAACGGUGGAACUUAGAAAUCUCUUUGGGCUCUGGUCCUAAGAAAAAAGGAACUUCGUACAUUCAAAAUGAUAGAUAUUUAGAAGACAUUUAGAGCUGCUGUGUCAGGAACUAGAAGGCGGCUGCCGAAAGGACACCAGAAGCCCUGGGGGGGGGGGGCAGGGGGGAGGGCAGCGGUCGCAGCCCAGAGUGUGCCCGCGCGUCUAGACAGACCCUCCCCCUUCCCUGGGCAAGCACGUGGACACAAACAGCCGGAAGUUUAAAGAAUGGGACUGUGAGUCCCAUGAUAUCUGACUCAAAUAAAGGAAACAAUGAACGGAC